CGUAUUUUGUAGAAAAUGAAAUAUUUGAUAGUAAUUGGGGGCACCAUGAGCGGUGUCGGCAAAGGCACCGUCAUGAGCAGCCUUGGCGUUCUCCUCCGCUCGUAUAACAUUUCAUGCACCGCCAUCAAAGUUGAUCCUUAUUUAAAUUUGGAUGCCGGUACCAUGUCUCCCCAUGAACAUGGAGAGGUGUACGUGCUGGAAGAUGGAGGUGAAGGGGACCUCGAUCUUGGAAAUUACGAAAGAUUCCUUAACCUGCGUAUGACAAGUGACCACUCCAUUACCACAGGGAAGAUAUUUACACGCGUCUUUGAAAAGGAACGCCGUGGAUGCUAUCUAGGUAGAACGGUACAGAUGGUACCGCACGUAGUAGACGAGAUAAUCAGUUGGAUAAAUACUGUCAGCGGACACCAAGUGGAUAGAUUAGGAUGGAGGAAUCCAGAACUUUGCCUGUUGGAAAUUGGUGGAACCGUUGGUGAUAUCGAGUCUGAAAUAUUCAUGGAAUCUGUACGCCAGAUGAAAUUAAGAUACGGCAGUGGAAAUGUUUGCAUAGCGCACCUAUCGUAUAUACCAGUGCUUGGUGCAAGUAAUGAACAAAAGUCAAAACCAACACAACAUUCCGUUAAGAAUUUGCAAGCACGUGGAAUACAACCCGAUAUGAUACUUGGAAGAUGUAUUUCUGAGUUGCUCCCAAGUGUUAGAGAGAAAAUUGCAUUUUUCACGCAAGUCAAGGAAGAAAAUGUUAUCAGUGUUCACAACACAUCAGAUGUCUACAGCGUACCCUUAAUGCUAGAUGAACAAGGAGUGGCACAGAAGAUACUGAAGUUACUUAACCUAACACCACACCCGGAACCUGCAUUGCCCAAACUAUACACACUUGCCAGCUGGGCAAGACUAGUACAGAAGCAUGAAAAGACUGUCACCGUAGCAAUAGUAGGCAAGUACAACGGAGCUAAUGAUGCCUACGUGUCAGUCAUGAACGCACUUAAACACUCAGCAAUGGAUGCAGGGCAUGAGCUAGAUCUACGAUUUAUUGAAUCUGAGAAACUAGAAGAACCCGAAGCAAAGGCAUCAGAAAUAUUAAGGGGGAUAUCCGCCGUAGUAGUACCGGGAGGGUUCGGUGAGCGUGGUGUACGGGGUAAAAUGAUAGCAAUAAGAUACUGUAGAGAAAACAAUAUACCAUUCCUAGGUAUAUGUCUAGGACUACAACUGGCUGUACUGGAUGCAGUACAUGAGUUCAAACCAGAUGCUGUUCACGGAGAAAUGAAUGAAGCACCUGAAGAAAACCAGGCUAUUAUUGCUAUGCCAGAAUUCAUUGGAGACGAUAACAAGGGAGGAACUAUGAGAUUGGGCGUACGUGAAGCCCUGAUUGAACCGGGUUCAUUAGCUCAUAAGAUAUACGACCAACAAAAAAGUAUUCAUGAACGAUACCGACACAGAUAUGAAGUCAAUCCAACAUAUGUGCCACGGCUUAGAGAAUGGGGACUAAAAUUCUCAGGACAAGAUCCUAGCGGGAAACGUAUGGUCAUGCUCGAGCUUCCUAGGCAUCCAUUCUUCUUUGCUACACAAUUCCAUCCUGAAUUCCAAUCAACUCCAUUCAAGCCUAGUCCGCCAUUCUUAGCAUUGAUUCUAGCUGCUGUAGGACAGCUGAACGAACGUCUCACAGCCAAUGGUGACAAGCUUUUACCAGGGGCCAAAUAUCAAACAGUUUGAAAUAUCAACAAGGAAAUUACGUGGAAAAAGCAGAUGUAAC